UAUUACCUAUUUAUAUUAAGUCCAAAUCAAAACAAUAAAUACAAAACAUCAUUUCUGUUAAACAAUGGAUGGAGUGUAAUUAAUCUAUAAAUAGAGUAUUUAAUGUGCGUUAAGUGACCAAAUAAUCAACGUUUUGUUUUUGGAUAACCAUUUUCUUCGUCAAUACUAAACAUGGCAGAUUCUACAGAAUAUUCAUCGUUAUUUGCACUCGUGGACAGCCAUCUGUCCAAAACGAGCAUUCGUUCUGAUAAAUCUUCUAAAAAUACAUUCAUUCUUCCAUCACUUGGAAAUGUUCCGAAUUGUAGUACAUCAGAAGGACAGAUUAAGACUCCUAUAGCACCAAAAUUUCCUACAUCACCUUUUACUGUUGGAGUAAGUGAAAGUCCCAUAAAAAAUAUUUUAGCUCAACAGGUAGCAAAUAUGCUAAAAACUAAAGAGAGAAAACAACAAGAAGAUAGAGAUCAAAAACUAGUUAAAGACAUGCAACAAUUCAACCUCAUAGAUGAUAGUCAUUAUGUUAUUGAUUUAAUGAAAGCAGUUUCAACUCCUUAUAAGUUUGAAAGGCAAGAAGUUAAAGAUGAGGAAGUGCUUAGUAGUAGUAGUUCCUUUGAAUCACUUUUUGAACUGAAAUUGACUGAUAGUGUUGAAGUUUCAAAAAUUUCAGAGAUAUCAGAGGUCCCUUUGCCUUGUUCAUCUGAUAUUUCAUAUAUAUUAAGUACAAAAGUUUGUGAAGGCCAACCUUCAACAUUCGGAAAAGUUUUGACAUCACGAUUACGGCCUGUAGCAGCUCCAUAUUUACAUGAAAAUAUUAAUUGCAGUAUUGAGGUAUUUGAUUUCUCAACUCCUUCACCUUGUGACAUACAUAAACAAAGAUUACGAAAGCCUACUAUGUCUAGUACCUACACAUCUAUCAUUGAAUUAUAGAUAUUUAACUCUUCAUUCUCUUACUUUUAUAUUUUACCCAUUUAGGUGUAUUUUUAAUUUAGAUGCUCUAGAUAUUUUUAGGUUCAAAAUCUAAAAAUUGUUUUCUACACAUGUGUGUCACAAAAUCAUAGUUUUAGGACUGAGGUUUACAAGAGUUAAAUAUCAGUUUUUAGGAAUAAACAUAUCAAUAAUACCUCUAUACACUACUGAACAACUUUUUUUUAGUUAUUAGAUUUUAAUAACUUGUUUUUUUAUUUAAAUAGUUAUGGCUUUAGCAAUUUAUUAUAAUUUUUGUAUUAUCAUUGGAUAUGUACAUUAUA